AUGGCGGAUUUACCGAUACGUUCUAAACACGGAGCUGGAGCUGAAAACAGUCGGAUAGCGCGAAAGCUGGCGCAAGUGUUACCAUCAAAUGUCGUCGCUGACAUCUACCGGUGUUCGUUCAAGAAGCAGACGGGCGUGAGUCUCAAGAACAUGAUGGCGCACGGCGCCUUCCCCACAGAGCGCAACCUCCUCUCCUCCGCGCAGUUCCUGCAGCAGGAGCUGCCCGUGCGCCUCGCCCACCGCGUCACGGAGCUCGAAAACCUUCCCUACGGCCUCUCCACCAAAGCCCCUGUGCUCAAGGUCCGCGACUGGUACGUGGACUCGUUCAAGGACAUCCGCGGGUUCCCCGCCAUUGAGAGCCGCGAGGAGGAGCUGCGCUUCACGCACCUGCUGGCGCAGGUCAAGAUGCGCCACAACAACGUCAUCCCCACGAUGGCGAUGGGCAUCAACGAGUUGAAGCAGGACCUGGGGCGCAAGGGCCGGCUGGACGACCUAUUGGAGAUCCACCAGUUCCUCGACCGAUUCUACAUGUCACGCAUCGGCAUCCGCAUGCUCAUCGGCCAGCAUGUUGCGCUGCACGACCCCAACCCGCCCCCCCACUUCAUAGGGCUCAUCUGCACCAAGGUGUCGCCAGUGGAUGUGGCACGCAACGCAGUGGAUGAUGCGCGGUCGGCAUGCAUGCGCACGUAUGGCUCGGCGCCCGAGGUGGAGAUUUAUGGCGACCCUGACUUCACUUUCGCCUACGUGCCAACGCAUCUACACCAGAUGGUCUUUGAGCUCUGCAAGAACUCCCUGCGUGCUGUGCAGGAGCGAUUUGCCGAUGCUGACACCGACCCGCCGCCCAUCCGCGUGGUGGUGGCGGAUGGGAUCGAGGAUGUGACUAUUAAGAUAUCAGACGAGGGGGGUGGCAUCCCGCGCAGUGGUUUACCGCGCAUCUGGACAUACCUCUACAGCACUGCCCGCUCGCCUGCUGCCGCUGGCGCUCUGCAGGACACGCCUUCCAUCAUCGACGAUCCGCUUUGCGCGGAGCGGCAGUACCGCGGAGUGCGGCAGCGGCGGUGGGGGCGGUGGGUGUCGGAGAUCCGCGAGCCGCGGCGGGGUUUGCGCAUCUGGCUGGGGUCGCACAGCAGCGCGGAGCAGGCGGCGCGGGUGUACGACGUCGCCGUGCGACUGCUGCGAGGCGACGGCGCGAUCCUCAACUUCCCCGACGACCAGCGCGAGGUGCCUCUGCCUCCCGCCAUCGCCGAGUCUCUCAUCCACGCCUGCGCGGCCCUCUCCGCCAACGCGCCUCUUCCCGCCAACGCGGCUCCCGCCGCCCCUGAAUUACUGCCUCCAGCUGACAGCGCCGCGUCGCUCCCCCUCCACACACACGCUGGCCUCUCCGUCCCUGCCUUGCUGCCUUCUGCCGGCAUAGCCGGGCCCUGCGCGGCCCUCGCUGCCCUUGGUUCGCUCCAGACAUUGUCGUGCGUGGAAGGAGAGGCGAGGCAAGAGGAGGGAGCGAGCUUGGCUGCUGCGGCUGCUGUGACGGGCAGUGUGGCGGGUGGCAGUGUGGGUAGUGUGGAGAGGGGAGAGACGAUGGAGGAGGAACAAGAGUUGAAGCUACAGCAGCAGGAGGAACUGGUGCAGGAUGAGGAGCAGGAGCAGCCGCAGCAGGAGCAGCCGGAGCAGGAGGUGUGGGGGGAUGAGUUGGAAACGUUGCUGGCGUGCGAGCAGCAGAUUAGGCAGCAAGUGGCAGAGGAGCAGGGGGCGGAGGAGCAGGUGGAGGAAGAGCAGGUGGCGGGGGAGCAGGUGGCGGGGGAGCAGGUGGCGGGGGAGCAGGUGGCGGGGGAGCAGGUGGCGGGGGAGCAGGUGGCGGGGGAGCAGUUGGGGGAGGAGCAAGUGGGGGAAGAGCGGGUGGUGGGGGAGAAGGUGGGGCGAGAGCAGGUGGGGGAGCAGGUGGGGGAGGAGCAGUCGGGGGAAGAGCAGGCGGGGCAUGUUGACUGGUUGCUGGCAUGUGAGCAGCUGCCAGUUGAUGAGUUCACCGUGUGUGAUUCUCACGGCGCCCUGGUGGCAUGUGAUGCUGCUGGUGCUCGCGCCCUGGAUGCCGCUGCUACCCUGUGUGGUGCUGCAUCCCCGGUUGUGAAGGAGGCGGCGGUUGGGAUUUGGGAGGAGAUAGGACGAGGAGGGGCGCACGAUAGCGCGGCCUCUGUGUCGGCUCCAGAAAGUUCCGCGGCAGCUCCCGCGGGGGAAGGCUCCGCGGAGCGCAGGGAUGGCGGAGCGACGGAAGCGGCGGACGGCGCGAGGAGCGCGCAGGGGGAGCCGUUUUUGGUGCUCAACUUCUACCACUUUGCUGACGUGGAGGAUGCCCAUGGUGACGUGGAGCGGCACCGCGCGUUCCUGCAGGAGCGGGACAUUCGAGGCAGGAUAUACAUCAGCCACCAGGGCAUCAACGCACAGCUCAGCGGGCCAGCCUCACAUGUGAUGGAGUACGCAGACUGGGUGCGCAGCGAUCAGCGCUUUGCGGGAGUACCGCUGCAGCUGUCGCCCUCCCCCAUCGGCCACGCCUUCCCUCGCCUCCGCCUGCGCUACAAGCCAGCCCUCGUGCAGGUGGCAGGAGGCAUGCAGCACCUGUCUGCGGACCUCUGUGCCGCCACGCCCCUGUCGCCUGCUGAAUGGCGCAGCAAGAUCGACCAGAUGCAGCGGGGGGAAGGGGAGGGGGAAAGCGGGGAAGAUGGGGAGAGCAUGGGGCGUGGGGAGGAGGCAGUAGCGCGCACCAAGAAGAUUCUGCUGCUGGACGUGCGCAAUGGCUACGAGUGGGACGUGGGGCAUUUUGCCGGGGCAGUGCGCCCUCCCGUUGACAACUUCCGAUCCACCGAGUUCGGCCUGCAAGAGGACCACACUGAAGCCACCACAGCAGAGCAGCAGCAGCAACAGAAGCAGCAUCAGGAGGAAGAAGAGGAGGCAGGGGGACAGGAGGGGGCAUACGACCCGCUAGCAGAAGCAGACAAGGAGGAAACAGAGGUCCUCAUGUACUGCACGGGGGGCAUUCGCUGUGACGUGUACUCCGCGCUGCUCCAACAGCAGGGCUUUAAGCGCCUCUACACGCUUGAGGGCGGCGUCGCUCGGUACAUGCGCGAGCAGGGCGGCGAGCACUGGAACGGGCGGCUUUUUGUGUUUGACUCGCGGCUGGCUGUGCCGCCCAGGGAUUACCAGGUUGGGGGGAAGGUGCUGCGGGCUGCGGAGGAGGAAGGGGUGGAGAGGGUUGGGGAGGUGUUGGGGGAGGUGAUGGGGGGAGUGAUGGGGGCAGCGGAAGGGGAAGAGGAGGAGAGUGUGGAGUGUCAGAGGUGUGGAGGGCGGUUGGAGGAGGUGAAGCAUCGCAACUGUGCCAAUUCUGACUGCAACGCCCUCAUUCUGUUCUGCUCUGCAUGUGCCCAAGCCAUGAAUGGCGCCUGCAGCACCGAGUGCGCUGCUGCUCCGCGCCUGCGCCCCUUCCUUGCCCGUCCCGAGCCCUACCAGCGUCUGCACACCUACCUGCCCAUCGCCCCCCCUCCCCGCCCCCCCGGCUACGUGUCCCGCCGUGCCCUCAAGCGGCGAGCACGCAAGGCCAGACGCCUCGCUGCUGCAGAGGUGGGUGAGGGGCAGGGGGUGGAAGAGGGGAAGGAGGUGGGAGAGGGGCAGGAGGUGGAGGUGGCCGCCUGA